CACAAUCACUAAUUCAUUAUUGACGAAGACUUUUUCUCACGAAACAAGCCUCUGAGGGAGUUCUGUUCUGGGCAAUUAGGCUGUGGAAGAGGGUGGUGCUCCAAUUUCGUCGUUCUCGCGCAAUUCUCCGAUUCAGUUAUGAGCGAGGAAGGCAAGAACAGGGGUGUCGUCACCGAUCACCCGCGCCAGCCUUACUAUGGCACCUUUCAGGGCGUUGCCAACUAUUACCCGGCUGCUCCACCUCCACCGCCGCAGCCUCAGCCAGUGGUAGGAUUUCCUCAGCCUAUUCCUCCACCAGCAACUUACGGUGCUCAUUAUUACCAAGGAUAUCAAACUGUUCCAGGUUAUGCUGUUGCUGAAGGAAGGCCCAUAAGAGAACAUCGUCUUCCUUGUUGUGGACUUGGUCUGGGUUGGUUCUUGUUUAUAACGGGAUUCUUUCUUGGUGGCAUUCCCUGGUACGUUGGAACUAUUUUGCUGCUAUGCGUACAGAUGGAUUACCGAGAAAAGCCUGGAUUAGUUGCAUGCACAGUUGCUUCAAUCAUUGCUGUGAUAGCUGUGACUCUUGGUGUUACAAAUAAAGGUCAUGAUUGGUGAAACCAAACACGCCAAAGAACUUACUGUACAUUUCGACUUCUUCAACCUCUCUGACGCUUUCUCGCUGUUCUGAAGUCUGAACUUCACCUGUGGUUAUAUGUAAAAUUUGCUACGUUUGUUGUAAAUCGCCACGAGAAUGCAUUUUCUACAGAUUAGCAGAUGUUAAAGGCUUCGGAAACAGAAAAAAGAAUAUAUGUUGACUAUUAUAGCAGGAAGUUACACAUUAUAUAAAUGUUUAUCCAGGAAAUGCUGUCAUAUGUUUCCUUCGCUUGA